UUGUCUCCCUCCCUCGUUCCUCGCGGUCUUUGAGGGGAGGGCUUCGCCCCCUCCCCCCGGUUCUUUUUCUUCCCUCCCCCACGCCCUCACAACUCCCGUGGCAUCCUUCUUCGGGAGAGGAACAUGGAGGCGGCCCGGGCAGGACACCUGUUCCAGCACUUAAUUGAAACACUGAGUGACGAUGCAGACAAAAAGUUCUACAACAUUGCUAAACUAGGAGGCACCAAAUAUGAUCUCUUGCCUUACACCAUACGGGUCAUGUUGGAGACGGCUGUCCGCAACUGGGAUGGUUUCCUAGUGAAAGAAGGAGACGUGAUGAAUAUCCUGGACUGGCCAGCCAAACAGAACAAUGUUGAAGUGCCCUUUUGUCCUGCCAGAGUCCUGCUCCAAGAUUUCACUGGGAUUCCUGCAAUGGUGGAUUUUGCUGCCAUGAGGGAAGCGGUGAAGAACCUCGGAGGAGAUCCCACGCGAGUCCAUCCGGUCUGCCCUACGGAUCUUACCGUGGACCAUUCUUUGCAGAUUGACUUCAACAAAUGUGCAAUACAGAACACUCCAAAUCCCGGAGGCGGCGAUCCCCCACGGCCCCCUCCCUCAAAACUCUCCCCGCUCAAAGCUCCUCGGAAGCUGCCGUGCCGAGGCCAGUCCAGCUGCAAAGGACCGUGCGACGGAGAAUCAAAGCGGAACCCGGGGCAGCUUUCUGUGCAGAUUGAGAACACGCCCCUCUUGUGUCCUUUUCAUCUUCAACCAGUGCCUGAGCCUGAAACAGUAUUUAAGAAUCAAGAGAUAGAAUUUGGAAGAAAUAAAGAGAGACUCCAGUUUUUUAAGUGGGGUUCCAAAGUUUUCAGAAAUGUCUCGGUAAUUCCUCCCGGGACAGGAAUGGUCCAUCAGAUGAAUCUGGAACACCUGUCAAGAGUAGUGUUUGAUGUCAAAAACUUCCUCUAUCCCGACAGUGUUAUUGGCACAGAUUCUCACACAACCAUGGUGAACGGCUUGGGAAUCCUGGGAUGGG